AUGGACAAACUCAGUGUUAAUACAUUGUUUCUAUCAGCUGCCUCACCAAUACAAACUCGACGUUUUUCCCUUGUACCACCAUUUACUAAGUCUACACCUGCGUCACCAAUCACUACACCAACAAAUUCUCGUCGUAAGAGUAUGAUUGAAUCACCAACGGUUGCUGAAGCUCGACGUGAAGCAGACGAAAAACGUAACGCUAAAUAUGCAAAAAUGGAACGACAACGAGAAGAAGUUCGACAAAAUAUUAGAGAAAAAUAUAAUAUUAAGAAAAAGGAAGAAUCAGCUCCACUACCAUGUGAAGGACGUUUAACAGCCGAUAAAAAAGGUCCAAUUCCUUUACCAGAUGAUGAUGAUAGUUUUGAUCCAAUUAAAAUGGCAACAGAGGCAUUAAAUACUAUCACUGAAAAAUUACCGUUUAAAUUGCCUUGGAAAUGA